AUGGCGUUUCGAGCCUUCAGGAGGUUCAUCCAGACUGCAGGGGGGACCAGGGUCCCGCUGGGUUUGGCCCAAGAAGCCGGCAGCAUCAGGUCGACCAGAAAUAGGGAGGCUGCUGGGGCACAGGGCUUGCUCCGGGCACAGGCUUGCUCCGGGGCUGAGGUUCUGCACAGGUCUGCGACCCUGUCCUUUCCACACAUUCACUCGGGGGGAUUCUUGGUGGUGAUCUCAGCCAAGGAAAACACGUGUCUCUUUCUGUGCUUACACCACCAGGUCGUCGGUGUGGCCCAGGCCAUCAACAAGAAAUCUGCUAGUGGCGGGACCUUCACAGAGAAGGACGAGAAGGACUUUGCUGCCUACCUGGCGUUCUGCGGCAUCGUGCUUCACAAUGCCCAGCUCUACGAGACUUCGCUCCUGGAGAACAGGAGGAACCAGGUGCUGCUGGACCUGGCCAGCCUGAUUUUUGAGGAGCAGCAGUCACUAGAGGUGAUUCUGAAGAAGAUAGCGGCCACCAUCAUCUCCUUCAUGCAGGUCCAAAGCUGCACCAUCUUCAUAGUGGACGAAGACUGCCCCGACUCCUUUUCUAGCGUGUUUCACAUGGAGUGUGAAGAGGCAGAAUCCUCGGAUACCUUGGCAAGGAGGCCUCCAGCUCGGCUCCAGGCUUCGGAAGCUGGGGGUUGUUGGAGCGCACACUUCAGGCCGCGGCGGCUCGGUCAUAACAGGAGCCCGGACGACGCGCUGCAGACUGAGAUGCUGAAGCGCUGUGGGAGCUGUCUCUUCCACACAUGUGAGCCAGUGACCGCCAGUGACCCCCAAGGCGGGGGUGUUCAGCCAAGGUGCAGGCAGCGAGAUGCUGGCAAAAUCAACUACAUGUACGCUCAGUACGUCAAGAACACCAUGGAGCCGCUCAAUGUCCCCGACGUCAGCAGGGACCAAAGGCUGCCCUGGACGGUGAGUGCCUGCGGUCCACCGAGGUGGAGGCUGCUGCCGUCGCCUGCCCUGCCAGCCCUCCCCGUGGGCUGGCCCUGGGCUGUUGUCUUGGGAGCUGACGCUCCCUGGUUGGUGAGGGAGGACGCACAGUCGUGGGGAGUGGCUGGCCUGGCUCUCUCUGUGCUUUCUAGUUGUUUAAAGGAAUGUGAUCAGAGGCUGGAUGCCAGGCCGGCAGCCGCCGUUGCCCCUACGGCGUGGCACUCCUCGGAGCGCUCCUGGGCUCCUCCGUUUUACCCGUAGACGUGAAGCUCCUCCCGGUUCCGACUCCUGCAGUUGGUACCCUGCCAUGGUCUGCUCCCAGUGGGGACGCAGGUGUCUUUGGACAGCAAAGCACAGGGACCUUUCCUUGAUGUGGGUGGCUCUGUCAUUGUGUUUGAGCAGGGCAUGUGCUCUGAGAGAGCCGCCCAUGUCCUGUGCCCUUGCCCAGCUGGGACACCUGUCAGACCGGCCACUCGGGCAGCAGGCGCAGGGGAAUCACUAAGUCGGAUGGUGGGAGGCAGGCCGACCCCGGGGUGGGCAGAGCGUGUGGACACUGGUCUUCACCAGGGUGGUGGAUGCUGAGUAAAACCUGCUGGAGUUAAAGUGUCGGCACACCUGGUAGGCCACCUUAAUAAAGGCCUGGCUGCUGCUGUGGAUCUUACGGUCACCCGCGUGUUCCGCUUCACGUUUGUCUGUAGUUAAAGGUGAGCACGCUCCUGGCUUCAGGUGAGGCUUCUGCCGGUGAGUUGGCCUCCUGUCACGUGGGCUUUCUUUCUGUCUUCAUCUAGAAGGAAAACACAGGAGCCGUGAGCCAGCAGCACAUUACCAGUUUGCUCUGUACCCCCAUAAAAAAUGGGAAGAAGAAUAAAGUCAUAGGUAAAGUCUUUCUGCUAACCUGUACUCUGCACUUGCUCUUUAAAAUGUGUUUCCAACUCCUCCUUUCGGGUGUAAAUUUGAAGAAUAAAUUGUCUAAAAGAAGCUAUAAA